AUGCGGAGACCACGACGAGCACCGCCGGCGGCGAUGUUGCCAGCGGCAUCGGCGGUGGAGAGCAGGGCGGCUCGACCCCCGCCAGCAGCGCGGCAGGCGACCACCUCGGAGGCCGCUGCCGACGUCGGCGCCGCGGCGUGGCAGGGCGUGGGCGGGCUCCUGCUGUCCGCGCGGGGAAGAAGAGGAGGACCCCCUGCAGCGGCGGCUCUUCCAGCAGUCCCGAUGAGGGCCUUCCGCCACUCCCCGGCCUUCGGGGGCCACUCCGUACGUGCAGCAGGAGGCGUCCCUCCUUCUUCAUCGCUCGGAUUGACGGCAGUCCGCGCGCGCGGUUGUUCCACAUCGCUGCUGUGCCCCAGCGCCACGAGUGCUGCGCCGCAGGAGCAUGAGCCUGCCGAGAGAGAGGGGCGCGAGCGG